CGUGUGCACCUUUCUCUGUGUGCACGGCGCGCCGCCGCCGCACUGCCCUCGCUCCCUGUGAGUCUUCAGGUCACGGCUUGCUCUGGUUCCCAGGCUUUGGCCUCCAGUGGACUAGAAUCGCGGAGCUUGCGGGGCUGGACGCAGACCUCCAGGGCCAGCACCUAGGCGGGCGCGGAGCUAUGUGGGCCAGGGUUCGCGCGGGCUGGAGGCAGGCUCGAGCGGGGACCCCGGAGUGUGAGCCCCGGAGCCGGCUUCGCUGGGGCCAGAGGGGCCGGGCGGGAGGUGGCGGCGAAAGCGAAGGGGCGGUGGGACCCGGGCCUGGCCCAUGUGUGUCCUUGGCGGCCUGGCCCAGGCUGCAGCUGUACGGUGAGCCCCAGGGAGGCAGAUCUGGGCAGCGGGAAGGACACCCGCCUGGAUUUGCCCCUAGGCCCGGCCCGGGCCCGUCGGGAGCCAAACAGCCUUGGUGAGGUGGAGAGGAGGGGACCUCGCGAGCAGACGCGCCACAGCAGGCCCGCCCCGGCCUCUCGGGAGCCGUGGGGCAGAGGCUGCCGAGCCCCAGGAGGGUCUACCAGCCACAGUCUCUGCACGUUUCCAAGAGCAGCAGAAAAUGAACACAUUGCAGCAUCUCAGGUUUCAUUUCACAAUGCGCGCGUGGAGUUGGAAGGAAUUCAACAGACGGACAGUUUUUGUUUAUCAACCAGCGGCCUUGUGACCCAGCAAAGAAGUCUACUGCAGAUGGCCCCCAACUUAAGAUGUUUCAACUGAAGAUUUUUCUGGCUGGGUACAGUGGCUCAUGCCUGCCAUCCCAUCACUUUGGGAGGCCGAGGUCUCCAGACUUGUGAACGAGGUCUACCACAUAUAUAAUCGACAUCAGUAUCCAUUUGUUGUUCUUAACAUUUCUGUUGAUUCAGGUAACUUAGUAAAAAUGCAUGCAGCGGAUUUGGAGAAGCCCCUGGUAGAAAAGCAGGAUCAUUCCCCUUCAUUAAGGACUCGAGAAGAAAAAAGGGUGUCCAUUUCCAGACUGCGAGAGGCCUUUUCUCUUCAUCACACAACGGAGAACAAGCCUCACAGCCCGGAGACUCCAGAAGCAAGAAGGAGCCCUCUAGGACAGAAAAGGGGUGUGCCAUCUUCUAGCACUUCAGAUGCCGUCUCUGGCAGAGGCUUCCUGAGACCUCAGAAAGAGGCAGCGAGUUCCAGUCAGGGACCCAGGGACCCUAUGGACGGAGCGGAGGUGGAGAAGGACUCAGGGCACGGCAGCACUUCCGUGGAUUCUGAGGGGUUCAGCAUCCCAGACACGGGCAGUCACUGCAGCAGCGAGUGUGCGGCCAGCUCCCCAGAGGACAGGGGCUCACAGGAACAUGCGGACUCUCAUGAGAAAGUGCCUGAAACUGACGACUCUUUUUCAGAUGUGGACUGCCAUCCAAACCCGGAAGACACAGGGUAUCAAUUUCGAGUUUCGCCUCAGUCAACUGAUCUGGCAUCCCCAAACACAAACCGUUUUAAAAAAGAAGAAAUUCUUUCCAGUUCUGACAUUUGUCAAAAGUUAGUACUAAUACUCAGAACGUGUCAGCCUCUCAGGUUGAUGUAGCCGUUAAAAUUAAUAAGAAGGGACCAGGUGCGGUGGCUUAAGCCUGUAAAUCCCAGCACUUUGGGAGGUCGAGGCGGGUGGAUCACGAGGUCAGGAGAUCGAGACCAUCCUGGCUAACACGGUGAAACCCGGUC